AUGACGACGACUGACGAGUACAAAGCAGAAGGUAACAAAUACUUUGCCGCGAAGGAAUUUGAAAAGGCAAUUGAGUCAUUCACGAAAGCUAUUGAAGCCUCACCAGAACCCAACCAUGUCCUUUAUUCUAAUCGUUCCGGGUCUUAUGCAUCGUUGAAAGAGUAUGAUCAGGCGUUAAAGGAUGCAGAAGAGUGUAUAAAGAUCAAUCCUUCAUGGGCCAAAGGAUACAAUAGAGUGGGUGGAGCUCAAUUUGGUUUAGGAAAUUUGGAGGAUGCACAAAAGGCUUAUGAAAAGUGCUUAUCGUUGGACUCUAACAAUGCUCAGGCUAAGGAGGGUUUGAAGUCUGUUGAGAAUGCCAUCAAAGCACGUAAUUCUAGUGGUGACAUGGGAUUGGGUGCUAUAUUCAGAGACCCCAAUUUGAUCACAAAAUUGAAGAGCAAUCCAAAGACUAGUGAAUUAAUGAAGGAUCCUGAUUUGGUUGCUAAAGUGUUGCAGAUUCAAGCCAAUCCUCAAACAAAUGCUACUCAACUUUUGUCUGAUCCAAGAUUAAUGACUAUAAUGGCAACAUUGAUGGGUAUAGAUAUGGAUUUUCCAGCUGAUGCUGGUAACUCUUCAUCUCAGGGUGAGAGUGAUACUUCAAAAUCAGCUAGUCAACCAAAGGCAGAGAGUGAAAAGAAAGAGGAACCAAAGGCUACAGAAGAAACAAAAACGGCACCUGCAACUGAAGAGACAAAAGUUGAUAGUGAGGGUGAUGUAGAGAUGAAAGAUGCACCACAAGGCGAUAAAGAUGCUGCAGAUAAGGCAAAAGCAGAGGGUAACACACUUUAUAAACAACGCAAGUUUGAUGAAGCAAUUGCAGCUUAUGACAAGGCUUGGGACUUGAAUAAAGACAUCACCUAUUUGAACAAUCGUGCGGCAGCGGAGUAUGAAAAGGGAGAUUAUGAUGCAGCUAUAGCAACAUGUAACAAAGCUGUUGAUGAAGGAAGAGACAUGAGAGCUGAUUACAAACUAAUUGCCAAGUCAUUUGCUAGAUUGGGUAACACAUAUUUGAAAAAGGAUGAUUUAGAGCAAGCGGUCAAGUACUUUGAUAAAUCAUUAACUGAACAUCGUACACCAGAUGUGUUGAACAAAUUGAGAAGCGCCCAAAGGGAAAUCAAAACCCGAGAAGCUAAGGCUUAUAUUAACCCUGAGAAAGCCGAAGAGGCUCGUUUGGAAGGAAAAGAAUAUUUCACCAAAGGUGAUUGGCCAAAUGCAGUCAAGGCAUAUGGGGAAAUGAUCAAGAGGGCUCCCGAAGAUCCUAGAGGUUACUCAAACAGAGCUGCCGCAUUAGUCAAAUUGUUAUCAUUCCCCGAUGCUGUCAGAGACUGUGAUACUGCCAUUGAGAAAGAUCCAGAUUUUAUCAGAGCAUACAUUAGAAAAGCCAAUGCGCAAUUAUUGAUGAAGGAAUAUAGUCAUUGUAUGGAGACGCUUAAUGAGGCUCGUGAAAAGGAUUCAAAAUUGGGAGGUAAAAACUUGCAUGAAAUUGAUCAAUUAUUUGGCAAAGCCAGCACCCAAAGAUUCCAAGCCAUUGAUGGAGAGACUCCAGAACAAACUAUGGAAAGAGUCUCGAAAGAUCCUGAAAUUGUCCAAAUAUUGCAAGAUCCAGUAAUGCAAGGAAUCUUAUCUCAAGCAAGAGAUAACCCAGCAGCAUUACAAGAACACAUGAAGAACCCAGAAGUUGCCAAGAAGGUUAAUAUGUUGAUUGCAGCAGGAGUUAUUCGCACCAGAUAG